AUGUCACUUGGGGUUUUUCCAAACGGCAAUUUUCCAUUCUUGCAGCACACUUACCAUCAUAUGGCCAUGUCACCAUUCCUGUACGAUCAUUGUCCACCCAGGAUUGAAUCACCUGCAACGCUGGACGCUGUGGUCAAACAACACUUCGCUCCAGCUAGGGUGAAAGACGUCUAUUCCCUUCCAAAUCACCUUCAUACUCUAUGUCUUGUUGUUCUGUCAAACGGACACCAACUCCUGUUGAAGAGCCCACCGAGACCAACAACACCCUUACUACGACACGAGCAGUCCCUGCUUCGGACAGAAAUCACAGUGAUUGCGCUCCUUCGGCAGAGCGGCGUUCCCUUCAUCCCAGCCAUCCUGCAUCAUGAAAGGCACACUAACCUGUCAGACUCGGCGGUUUUGAUCCGUCCUCAUGUGGCCGGGCGCACUCGACAAGAAAUGGAAGAUCAACUCUCCGACCAGGACCGGGACGUCAUAGACCGACAGUUGGGUGCAUUGGCUUGGAAGAUCGGCCAGCACACCUCGAGAUCCUUCGGAACGUUUCACCAAGUCGAACGGGGAAGGGGGAAAUCAUCGUGGAAGGAAGCUUUUCUUUCCCUCGUCGAGGGGACCCUGCGAGAUGCGGAGGACGCCUUUGUGAACCUCCCGUAUGCCGAGAUCAGAAGCCACAUUCACCGGUUGUCACCGGCGCUCGAAGAGAUAACGCUGCCGCAGCUGGUGCUUGUGGAUCUUGGCUGUCCGUCCCAGGUCAUACUGAAUCCCGAAGACAAGGCCAUAUCAGGGUUGGUCGACUUCAGUUAUGCCGUCUGGGGAGAUGUAUAUAUGGCUCAGAUCUUCGACGAAGCAUCAGCUGCGGUGUUAGAGGGCUAUGGCUCUUGGUCGGGUAUGCUUGCUACCGGUCUAUCCAGACCAUCACAAUGCGAUACUUUCGACGAAAAGAUGAGAGUUCCGAGAACGAUGCGAGGAGACGAUUGA